AUGAAAGGGCCGGAACAAAGAUACUCUUCACCAGAGAAAUAUUGUCUUGCUCUGGUGUACAUCUCACAAAGAUACCGACAGUACUUUCAAGCACACCAAGUAGAAGUCGUAUCGAAAAAUGAAGGUCUCAGAUUUUUAAUUGAAAAGCCAAUGUUGAUUGGAAGAAUGAGUCGUUGGGCACUCCUAAUAAGUGAAUAUGAUGUGAAAUUGGUGACACCUACCACCAUUAAGAGCCAAGCUUUGGCUGACCUCUUGUCGAUCUGUCCUGAAAAAGCAACGAUUGAAGAGUUGCCAGAUCAGAUUCCAGGAACAAUAAAGACUGUUUAUGCUUGCAAUGAAGAGGAAACAUGGACCUUCAUGUUUGAUGGAACACCCUCGAAUCCUCAAGGAGGGGUAGGAGUCGUCCUUACAGACUCCCAUGGAAGAAACCUGUCCUUCAUGUUUCGAUUGGAUUUCUCUUGCACCAACAAUAAGGCAGAGUAUAAAGCGCUAAUACUUGGUCUAAAGAUGGCUCAAGAAGUUGAAAACAAGCAUGCGGAUGCUUUAGCAACAUUGGGGAGUAGAGUCACUAUUCAAAAUGGACAACAUGCUUUGGAACACCGGGUAGCUGAAAGUCCUGCCAGAGAAGAAGGGAUGUUUGUGGAAGGAAAAACCAAUGAUUGGCGAAUGCCUAUACAUAAACAGCUCAGAACACGCAACAUCACCAAAGAAACAAGAGGAUUUUUCCUCCUCAAUGGGCAAAUAUUCAGAAAAAGCAAUGAUGGACUCCUCAUGAAAUGUGUAGGAGAAGAAGAAGGGAAAGAAAAAGCAGAACAACUGCAUGGAGCUACUUGCGAAGAAGAAGGCCCCGGUUUGUACCGAAGGCUCCAGAGGUCGGGUAUUUAUUGGCCGAAAAUGAAGUUUCAUUGUGAUGAAUUACAGGCUUCCUGCAAGGCUUGUCAAGAAACAAAAGAAAGCAUGCAAAUAUGUAAUGUUCACAAUUGGCAACAACCCAUCGUAGAGUACCUCAAUGCUGGAGUUUUGCCUUCAGAGAAAAUAGAAGCUGAGAGAUUGAAGAAGAGAUCAAAACACUACUUCUUGCGAAAAGGUGAGUUGUUCAAAAAGAGUUUUACCGGAGAGAUGCUAAAAUGCGUUCGAGAUGAAGAAAAAGAUAAAGUCUUAGAAGAAGUCCAUCAAGGAGUAUGUGGGAGACACCAAGGAGGAAGGGCCUUAUGGUAUGAACUAAUCAAGAUUGGCUAUUACUGGCCAAAAAUGAAGGAAGAUGCAAUCAACUGGGCCAAAAGGUGUCUACAAUGCCAAAAGCAUGCAAACUUGAUACAUGCGCCAAGCGUGCAGAAGAACAGCCUCAAAACACCAUACCCAUUCCAUACAUGGGCGGUAGAUUUUGUGGGACCAAUCAACCCCCCAUCAAUGGGGAAGAAGUGGAUUCUAGUUACAACAGAAAGCUUCACCAAGUGGGUGGAGGCUGUCGCUGUCAGGGAAACAAAUGCUGAAGCAGUAGUGAGAUUUAUCAAAGAAAAUAUAAUAUGCAGGUUCGGGCUGCCAAGUGUUCUAGUGUCCGAUAAUGGAACCCACUUUGUUAACCAAAGAGUGUGGGGUGUUCUUGAACAAUACCAAAUCAAACAUCACAAGUCUUCCCCCUACUACCGCAAGGCAAUGGCCAGAACAACCAGACAUGGAACAACCGGAGUAACACCCUUCUCGUUGGUUUAUGGGGUUGAAGCUGUACUGCCAACAGAGAUUGAAGUGCCCACCGCCAGGAUGUUGUUAGACGAGGCAAGGGAUCGUGAAGCUGAGUUGCAAGAAUUGGAAGAAAAAAGAGAAGUUGUGGGAAGCAAGAUGGAAGAAUACCACCGGAGACUAGCAUUAGCUUACGACAAGCAUGUUCAGUCCAGGGUGUUCCUAGAGGGUGAUCUGGUGCUAAAAUCAGUAGACGCAGUAAUGAGGAAGAUGUCUUUGCCAAAAUGGGCUCCCAAAUGA